AUAGAAUUGUAAAAAAACUUAAAUCUCCUUUUUCUGUUCUAUUUAAUUUCUCUAUCGUUAUGUGACUUCACUUACAAAUGUCGCGAUAGUCGUGAAUGUCACCUUUAUCGUUUUGUUUGUACUUUCCAAUAAGUUUAUUUUAUUAUAUCCAAUAAGUGUAUAUACUCGUAAGUUAAAAUAUUUCAUAGUGAUAAAGAAAAAUAAAAUAGGUACUUCGUGCUUUGGAUUUGUAGUUUCCAGGGUAGAAGGAAAAGAAGUAGGGGUACCAGGAGAAGGAAAAACAGGCUAAGAGGGGACGCAGGGUAGAAUGGAAACAGUAUUCUUUUAUACUGCUUAAAUAAAAGAAGCAGCAGGGUAGGAGGCGAGGCAGGUUAGAGGGGAAGAAGGGCAGAAGAACAACAACGAUCCGUCAAGCUGACCACAAUAACCACAAACCAGCCCAGUGAUCGACCAGGACCAUCAGGUCAUGUCAAGUUUAUCUCUCCGCCGUCGUCAUCGCCAUUGGGGUCCAUGGUACCACCGUCGCUGCCGCCGAAAGACAAAUGGCACUUGAUCCUCAUGGCUCUGAUGCUCCACGGUCUUGGCAUCCUCCUCCCAUGGAACAUGUUCAUCACGGCCAAGGAUUACUUCGUGAAGUACAAGUUGGUGGACCGACCAGACUUGGCCGACAACUACUUGGCGUACGUCGGCUGGGCCAGCCAGCUGCCCAAUGUUGCGUUCAACUGGCUCAAUAUAUUUGUUCAGAUGGGGGGGAGCCUCACGAUGCGUAUAAUUUGUUCGAUGCUCCUAGAAAUGUGUAUCUUCGUGAUCACCAUCGUGAUGGCGAUGGUGGACACCAGCCACUGUCCCACCGUCUUCUUCUCUCUCACCAUGAUAUCAGUGCUGUUUCUAAAUACGUUCAACGCGAUCUACCACAACUCAAUAUUCGGGGUGGCCGCUCGUUUCCCCCCCAAAUACACUGGCGUUGUAGUCUUGGGCUCCAACGUCUGUGGGACCCUGGUUGUGUUCCUGGACUGGGGCUCUACCGUGUUCAGCAGCACGCGUACUGCUGCCAUAUACUACUUUAUAGGUGGAAUUGGGGUGUUGCUUGUGUGCUUCGACACCUAUUACGCUUUUCCUAUAAAUAGGUUUUACCGUUACUAUGACACGUUAUCACGAGGCGCGUCCAAUGGAGCUGUCACCAGGAGACCCCCGUACUUGCACAUCGUGAAGCAGGCCUGGGUCCAGCUCUAUAACGUGUUUGUUACAUUCUUCGUUGCUCUGGCCGUGUUUCCUUCUGUAAUAUCAGAAGUGAGGCCGGUCACGGACGGCUUUCUAGGCUCAAAUUUCGUGAGGCUGACGUGUUUCUUCACCAACAAUUUCGCAUCCAUGAUCGGGAAUAUCACGGCUAGCUUGGUGCAAUUUCCAAAUCGCCGAUGGCUUUCAGUUUUCGUGACCUCACGGUUCCUCUUCAUCCCGUUCUUCCUACUCUGCAACUACAAGCCUCAGGACAGGAGCCUGCCAGUGGUCAUCGGAAACGAUUAUUUAUUCUGGAUGGGCACGGCGAUAUUGGGCUGGUCAACUGGACACUACAGCUCUCUGGGCAUGAUGUAUGUCAGCGGAGGCACAGUGCCUUCUGAAUACGCUUCCAUCGCCGGUAUGCUGGGUUCAGCAGUCUUGGUAACUGGAAUUUUCUGUGGCCUUCUCUUCACCUACAUCUGUCCACUGAUUGUCAGAAUGUAGCCACCUUCUGGAACGUUCUUCGGGAAAUCCAAAAUAACUGAGAGCGGAUCAAAUGUGCAUGCUGUUUGCUCCAUGAAGGCAACUUAUUUAUCUCUCUUUCUGUUUAAUUGUUAAUUGUUACAUUAUAUAGCUAGCUGGCGUUUAUAUAUGUUACGGCUAAACUCCGAAGGGUUUAGCCGACUAGACCUAAGCGCAGCCGGUCUCAGUUGGUUACACUGUUCACCUGAGGGCCACACAUACAAGUGUGCUUCUGCUUAUUUCCCUUCAAUCGUGGCCACCAUAUCAAUGAAGCAAUCCAUGUCAAAGUAAAAGCGACCUUCGCACCUUCAUACGUACUCAAUGUAAAAAUAGGCUGGCACUUUCUUUUGACUUCCUUUAAUAGCGCAUGAUCUAUGGUUUGGUAUGUAGGAUCGAGUUUAUAUGUUUGUAUUGUUCUAGCAGUCGACCUCGAAUAUUUUAUUUCGCAUUAAGUAUAUACUUAUUUAGUUUAUCCUAUUUACAAUUAAAUAGUAUGACGAACAUAAUAUUAACAGUAAACAGAAUAUGCUUUUGUUUCUAUUGACCGACAGAAGUGUUCUAACAAUUACCAACCAAUAUUUAACAGAAAUACUAUUAAUUUGACUACCACUCCGAAUGGUACUUGGGUCGUAAGAUUUACUAUAGUUACUCAACGGGGAACCUCAGCAAGCAUUAUGGGCAUCGGACCGGUACAAAACGUGGAAUGUGGAUUGCCUGGAGAGAGGGCUAUCUCAUGUCAAAUUGUCGUUAUCUACAGACUAUACGCAUACACAAGUAAAAUUGUUUUUCUGAAGUUCCCUCAUCCAGUUUUCUGGGAUGAGCUUGUUUUUUAAAUGUGUACUAUAACGAUUACAAGUAGUACGGAAUCGCCACUUGUUGAUUUCUAGAAGACAAGUAAAUUUUGAAACUAGCUGUGUAGUGCUAUAUUGAAUUACCUGCAGGAAUCGAACCCGUAGUAUAAUUCUGUCAAUCUAUGCGUGCCAUAUCAUUAAGGACGAUCAGUAUUACACAUCGAUUAUCAAGGAAU